AUGCAUAUUGACUACUAUUCGAUAUUAAAUUUAAAAAGACAUUGUACUAAGGAUGAUAUACAGAAAGCGUAUGAUAGUUCUCACAUUAAAUAAUAAUUUUUAAUUAUAUAAUAUACUAUAAUUUUAGAUUUGGCAAACUAAUAUCAACAUAUUCAAUAUUUUAUCAAGUUAAAAAUAUCAAUUUAAUUAUUUUAUGUGAAGCCUAUGAAGUAUUAUCUGAUUCUUUGUGCAGAGCUGUGUAUGAUAAAUAUGGCAAAGAAGGAAUAAAAAAAGGUGUAAAAUCUGACAAAAUAACUAUAGAUCCAUGGAUUUAUCAUGGUGACGUGAUAAAAACAUAUUCGUGAGAACUAAAUGACAUAAAUAUCUGUUUCUCAGAUAUAUUUGUUAAAUAUUCAUCAAUUUAUAUUAUAGAGAGUAUUGUGUACUUACAAAUCCAAUAUCGUGCUUGUUUAUAAAAUCAAAUGGUUCUCUAUUAAUAGAUUUAAAGAAAAAAGAAUGCUGCUCUGAAAUUUUAAAGUUUCCCCUCAAACUAACAUUGAAUGAGGUAGGUACUUAUUUACAUACUAUUAUUUAAUAAUAAUAAAUUUAAUUUAAUACAUUUUAAACAAUUUUAAGAUUUUUUAUGGGCUCAUAAAAUUUGUUUCUGUUGAAAAAAAAUUAACACAUACUGGUGAUUCGAAAUCAAAUCAAACACAAAUUGUGAAAGUAAAAGUACCGCGUGGGUUUCCAACUGGAGGGAUAUUAAAAUCGGAAAUUUCCAAUGUUAACACUAUACUUGAACCUAAUCAACGUAUUAUAUAAUUAUAUAUUUAUAGAUUUGAAUAACUGAUGUAAUAAUGUAAUAUUUAAUAGCUUCAUACAUGUUUACGACAGAGGAUAUACCCCAUAAAGAUUACAAACGAGAUAAUAUGAAUUUAAUAAUGAUUAAAAAUGUUUCAUUAAAACAAGCAUUAUUUGGUAUAAAAAUCAAUAUUAAAACAUUAUGUCACAAAGUGAUAAGAGUAAAUAUUACACAAGUUAUAACGUAAGAUAUUAAUUUCAUUUUAGUGCAAUAAUGAAAUGUCAUAAUUUAUUUUAAUUAUUUUAGACCAGAUUAUGUUAAAAUAAUAAAUAACGAAGGAAUGCCCAAUAUGUAUAACCUAACACAGUAUGGUGCUAUAAUCAUCAAGUUUAACAUAACAUAUCCUCUUUUUAUGCCAAUAACUAAUGAAACUUGUGAAUCAUUUAAUGAAAAUCAAAUAAAUGUCUAA